AUGGCGAUCAUUGGAUACAUAUACUUUGUAUUUAUCGAUGUCAAUAAUAAGUCAUUGCACACAAAGGCAGAGCCGUCAUUCGUCUCCGCGGCAGGGAAACCCGACCGCGAUGCAGAUCGGAUGAUAUCAGAAGUGAUAGUUACCGCUGUAGAAUUGACUUCAGGCAGUGCUGCGAUCCGACCACCAAACCCCGGAGAUUCUGCCCUUCUAUUUCUGUUCGAGUGUUCUACUUUCUCUCAAAGGUUCAUUUGUGGCUUUGCAUCGCUUUCAUCCCCCAAGUUGUUCUACCGAGCAAGAGGCUGA